AUCCCGUGCUGCACCGCAAGCUGGGUGCCGCAUGCGCAGUGCCUGCUGGUGAACUUUGCUCGGACGCAAUGGCAGCGUUGGUGAGGAGGAUCAUCAGCACCAGCAAGGCACCGGGGGCAAUUGGUCCCUACAGCCAAGCAGUGGUGGUGGAUCGAACCAUGUACAUUUCCGGUCAGCUGGGGUUGGAUCCUGCAACUGGCCAGCUUGUAACUGGAGGAACAGCACAGGAAGCAAAGCAAGCACUCAUCAACAUGGGAGAGAUCCUAAAGGCUGCCAACUGUAACUACAAUAAUGUCGUAAAAACAACAGUUUUGCUGGCAGACAUCAAUGACUUCAACAGUGUUAACGAGGUUUACAAGCAAUACUUUAUGACGAACUUCCCAGCCAGAGCUGCCUAUCAGGUUGCUGCAUUGCCUCGGGGAGGCAGAGUUGAGAUUGAAGCUGUGGCUGUAUUGGGACCUAUUGUGGAUGGGGCCUUGGACCAGAAAUUGUGAAAUGGCAACUGUCACCAUGGAUACAUAAAUGUAAAAUCAGUUCAGUGAUUUCCUUCUGUUUUAAAAAAAAAGUUAAACAUCAAUCUUGUAUGGAUCAAUAAUAUUUUAAAUCAGGCACACUUUUCAAAACAAAACUAAUAUUGUUUUUCAAACUUUAAUCAGCCAUGAAGAGUCAUUAUUUUUCGGCAGCUAAUGAUGCUUUAUAUCUAGUGAUCAAAGUUUUUUUUGCAUAAUAAACAGAAUGUGAAAUUAAA